AUGGAGAUGAUAAUUGAGGACCGUGAGAGAACAGAGGCUCUGAAGGUAAUCAACAUACUUAACUAUAGCCAAUUUUAUGGCUUGUUUUUGCUCAACGACUAAUAAUUUCAGCGAGAUUACAGUCAACCCUCAAGAGUGCUCACAAGAGAUCAAAUCGAGGCGUACGAAAAGAAUGGUUAUAUCGUGGUGAAGGGAUUGAUAUCGGACUUUGAAGUCAAUGAUUAUAUGUAAGUUUUAGAAAGCAUAGAAUGGUGGUUGAAGAUCUUUAUAUACAUUUUGAUGACAUUUGGCAGGCUUGACAUUUUCAAUAUUUUUAAAACUUUUGCUUUGCAAGUUUUAGGAAGGAUUGGACGUAAGGUUCGCAAUGUUUUGACAAAAAAAUCAAGUUUCUCCAAACGUUAGUGGAAUAUCUAUUGAUAAAAAGCGUUUUUCAUCCAGCUGACUCUCAUGAAUUACGCGUUCUCUCGCAAGAAACGCCAUCCCUGCUGCGUUUGCAAAAUCAACGCUAAAAGUUUCAGGAAUUAUUUACUAUUUUACCUUCGACAGUGAACAGUGGCGGACCUUAUCCAGCGGCAAAAACGUAUCAUUUUGCAUCCGGGAAGUAUCAAAAAAUAUAGCAAAAUACCUCCUUCUCCAAGUGAAAAAACUCCGAUUUCAAAAGUGCGCCCACUCUUUUUGUAAGGGAAGCCCUUCAAAAACGGAGUUUUUUAGUUGAAAAAGGAGGCAUUUCGCCACAUUUUUGAUACUUCCCGGACGCAAAAUGAUACGUUUUUUGCCACCGGAUCAGGUCCCUCACUGUAUAUACGAAAAAUUUUAACUAUGUAUAUUUUUUGCAAAAUAUUGAGGCACAUUUGGUGUCACCAAAAAAUCUAAACCAAAUUUCAAUUAACCCUUCUUCUUUCAGUGCCCGCUUCGAGGAAAUCGUUGACGGAAAGAACAUUCAUCCCGAAAUGACUGUAAUGCGGAACGUCGCUCAAAAAGGCCAAAAGAGAACUGUCAAGACAAUCCUAAAAGUUCAGGAUUUCAGUGCUGACAAAAGACUGUUCAGCUACUGUCAGCAUCCUCGGAUUGUCGAAGUUGUUGAAGAUCUAAUUGGCCCUUCAAAGGGGAAAUUGUCAACAAUUAAUGCGAUGCUACUCAAUAAACCGUCAGAUGACGGAUCAUUGUCGACUCGACAUCCCAUGCAUCAGGAUAUGUACUACUUUCCGUUUAGGUGAGUUUAAGGUACUCAAACAGAGGUUUCUUCAUUUCUUUCGAUCACAAAACGAGUUCAAAACUUUGGAAGAUUAUAAGACUACAAAAAAUGAGGGUUUAACUUGUAAAGGCCCGCUCUUUGCCCUUCAAACAGUGAAUCAUCAGUAAACAAGGGACAAAAACAUGACGCUAUAGAGUGAUUUAUUGGUGUUAUUGGGCAAAGGUCAAAAUUUGUCAAGUGGAUUUUGAAAAUUUACACGAAGAUGUAAAUUUUCACUUACUUUCCUAUCACAACUUGACAAAGAAAAUCUCUCAAGGUGUGACACUCCAAUUUUCGUGAAACUUCGCAUACGUACUCAAAUCAUUUUAAGUAAAUUAUUUUUGACUAGGUCAGAAUCCGUACAAAAAUUUUUAACGGAAUCUUGAUUCUCCGUCUACAGUGGGGGACCUGAUCCAGUGGCAAGCACGUACCAUUUUGUAUCCAGGAAGUAUCAAAAAUAUGGCAAAAUGCGUCCCUCUCCAACUGAAAAAACUUCGCGCUUUUGAAAUCGUCGUUUUUUCACUUGGAAAUGGAGGUAUUUUGCCACAUUUUUGAUACUUCUCGGAUGCAAAAUGGUACGUUUUUUGCCACUGGAUCAGGUCCCCCAAGCAGAUUUUCCCGUCGAAAAAAGAUGUCUCUAAACCAAAUAACUGCCUUUUUCAGACCAGCCGACUUUAUCUGCUGUUCUUGGACCGCGCUGGAGCCGGUGAAUCGCGAAAACGGCUGCCUCGUUGUGAUCCCGGGGACCCACAAACUCCCGCUACUUCCACAUACCUACCCAAGUUGGGAGGGUGGAGUGAAUAAAGCCUUUUUUGGCGUCCACGAAUUUGAUCAAGACAAGCGAGUCCAUGUCGUGAUGGACAAAGGAGACACGGUUUUCUUCCAUCCCCAUCUUCUGCAUGGCAGCGGGGCCAACAGAACGAAGGGCUUUCGGCGCGCAAUGUCUUGUCAUUACGCGAACGGGGAUGUCUGCAGAUUUGUGGAUAUUCGCGGGGGGCAGCAGGAUCUGGCGGCCAGCGAACUGCUGACGAUUUAUGAGAAGAAAUUCAAGGCCAGAGGGUGGAAGUGGCCGGAAUGGAACAUUCAGGUAAAUUUGGGAGCGUUUUUUGCGAGAAAGCGAGAGAAAUUGGGAGAGUCGGUGAGAUGAAAAGGGGCUCCCGUCCGGAGUUGAAUGAUUUUGAAAAAGGCGAUAGGGGAAACCGAAAAGUAUUAUUUUUCUUCGAUGCAAGUGUCGAAAUUAGGAUAAUCGAGGGUGAUGAUUUCAAAAAUGACAUUCAUUUUUUCUGAUCUUUACUUUUUCCCUUAGGUAGUACUGUAAAGUAGUAAUUUUUUGAUUUUUUUCAUAAAUACUCAAUUUAGGGAUUUUCGGUGGUGCUGAUAUCGAAAAUCUUACUCAUUUUUUCUGAUUUGAAAGCAGCACCAUUGAAAACCCCCAAAUCAAGUAUUCAUUAAUAAAAAAUCCAAAAAAUUACUGUUUUACAGUACUACUUAAGGAAAAAAGUAAAUAUCAGAAAAAAAUGAAUGUCAUUUUCGAAAUCGGCACCCUCAAUUAUCCUAAUUUCAACACUUGCAUCGAAGAAAAAUAAUACUUUUCGGUUUCCCCAAUCGUCUUUUUCCCCAAUCGUCCAACUCCGGACGGAAACCCCUUUUCAUCUCACCGACUCUCCCCAUUUCGCGUGCUUUCUCGCACAAAACGCUCCAUCCCGUCUUUUCCCCAAUCGUCCCAGUUCCGUUUCUCUCAAUAACUUCUCACUUCUGCACAAAAAUUUUGAAUUUUUACGGAAAAUUUUUACAUCAAAUUUUUCUUAUACAGGGUGGUUCAGCUAAGUUCGCGGAUGUAAAAUGCUUAUAACUUUUUAUAGGAUUGCUCAAUUUUUAUGAGCAAUAGCUCAUUUUAUUCCUUAAUGAUCUUUAGAGAAAAGAUCAUUAAAAAUGAUCAGUCCUACGUCGAGUUAUGACCCUUCAAAGUCAAACAUGCUUUUUCACGUAAAUUUUUAAAAAAUUUACGGAUUUUUUCGGAUUUUCGGAUUUUUUUUUGAUUCCAUCGUAUUCUACGCAAAAUUCUAUGACUUCUGAAGCCCACUUACAAUUUACAAUUAUCGACCGGUCGAAAGUUAUAAGCGAUUUUCGAGAUUUUUCGGAAAUUUUCAGAUUGAAGCGUGAAAAGGCAAGUUUGACUUUGAAAGGUUAUAACUCGACGUAGGAUUGAUCAUUUUUAAUGAUCUUUUUUUAAAACAAAAUGGUAACUACUAAGGAAUAAAAUGAGCUAUUGCUCAUAAAAAUUGAACAAUCCUAUAAAAAGUUAUAAGCAUUUACAUCCGCGAACUUAGCUGAACCACCCUGUACAUACAGAUUGAGCAAUCCGUAUUUUACCUCAAAAAUCUCCCAUUCCUUUCUAUAAAAACAACUUCCCCAACCAAAAUGUCAUUCCGACAUCAUUCAUCUGACUUAUCGACCUUUCAAUAGCCCAGCCGACCUUUAACAUUAUUCAUUCCCAAAUUCACCACUUUUCUCACCAAAAAUCGCAAAUGUUUUAGCAACUCUGGCAUUAUCGGAGUCGUCCAAUUAAUAAUCAGCCUCAAGCUAGCCUAUAA